UCAGAUGCUUCUGGAAUGGAUCAAUGAUGUGUUGGCAGAUGACAGAAUUAUUGUCAAAGAUAUUGAGGAAGAUCUCUUUGAUGGACAGAUUCUGCAAAAGUUAAUUGAGAAGCUGGCUGGGAUCAGGGUAAAGGUGCCGGAGGUGACCCAGUCAGAGCAGGCCCAGAAACAGAAGCUCUGGAUUGUACUGGAUGUCAUCAAUGAGAAAUUACAGCUGCCUCCUGCCUGGAGUCAAUCCAAGUGGAGCAUAGACAGUAUUCACUCGAAGAACUUAGUAGCUAUUUUGCAUCUGUUGGUGAGCCUAGCUCGUCACUUCAGGGCACCAAUCCGACUACCUGAAAAUGUCUGUAUCACACUGAUGGUUGUACAG